AAGGAAAGGCAUUGGCAGGCUGUUUACCAUUUUUAGCUGUAUUAUUUGCUGGAAAGAUACUCUGGUACAUUGACAUGGCAGAAUCCAUGUGCCAGAAAUGUGCUUUGGAAGCGUUUCGGUUGGAUCCGGCAAAGUGGGGAGAUUUACUUAUUCAGAAAGGUUAG